UUUUUGACACAUAAUAUUUUGCUUUAUUUGUAGUUGAGGUUAUAUAUUUCAUGAACCUAAUAACUUAUAAUCAAUGAAAUGUUUUGAUUAACCAUAAGUUUUAAGACAAUUGUUACGAAAAUUCCAGUACAAUGCCUAUACCGUGUAGAACAGGUUGUGGCAAAAAUGCGAUGUUAAAGCGUCCUAAGACCGGUGAUGCGCUGUGCAAAGAGUGCUUCUUCUGGGCAUUUGAAACUGAAAUCCAUUUUACAAUAACAAAAGCUGAAUUAUUUAAACGUGGCGACUCCGUAGCCGUCGCGGCAUCUGGGGGCAAGGAUUCCACAGUCCUUGCACACGUCUUGAAAACACUUAAUGAACGCUACGAUUAUGGUUUGAAUUUAAUGCUACUGUCAAUAGAUGAAGGUAUAACUGGUUACAGAGAUGACAGUCUCGAGACUGUAAAACAAAAUCGCGAUGACUACGAGAUGUCUUUAAAAAUCUUAUCAUAUAAGGAUCUCUAUGGUUGGACUAUGGACGAAAUUGUUGCACAGAUUGGUAGAAAGAACAAUUGUACCUUUUGUGGAGUGUUUAGAAGACAAGCAUUGGAUAGAGGAGCUGCUAUGUUAGGGGUGAAGUGCAUAGCUACAGGACAUAAUGCUGAUGAUAUAGCAGAAACUGUGUUAAUGAAUGUAUUGAGAGGUGAUAUUGCUCGGCUAAAAAGAUGUACUGCUAUAAGUACUGGUAGUGAAGGAACUAUACCAAGAGUAAAGCCACUUAAGUACACAUAUGAAAAGGAGAUAGUAAUGUAUGCACAUUAUAAGAAAUUGGUAUAUUUCUCUACAGAAUGUGUUUUUGCACCAAAUGCAUACAGAGGGCAUGCACGAGCACUUCUUAAAGAUAUGGAAAAGAUACGACCCACUUGUAUCAUGGAUAUAAUAUACUCAGGUGAGACAAUGGCUGUGAAAGAAGAAGUGACUCUACCAACGCAGAGAAUUUGCACAAGAUGUAAAUUUGUAUCAUCACAAGAAGUUUGUAAGGCCUGCGUUUUACUCGAAGGCUUAAACAAAGGUUUACCAAAACUUGGCAUCGGUAAAAGUUCUAAAGCGAAAAGAAUGCUUGAUGAAUAUAAUACAAAGAAAGAACAAAAUUUAAAGGAUGCAACAAAAGAACUAGAUAACGAUGGUGAAAAGACAGAAAAUAACUGUCAAUCAAAUCAAAAAUGUAGAUCUAAUUUAUGUAAGAAUAAGAGAAAUGGUUUAUUAAAUAACGAAAUUACAGAAAAUAAGAAAAGUUGUAACAAUAAAUGCUCAGGCAAUUGCGACAGGACAAAAGUUAUUGUUGAUAAUACUAAAGUUGAUAAUUUAUUAGCAAAAUAUGCAAUUCAUGAACCGGUUAAGAAAAUCAAUACAGAUGAUAAUAUUGUCAAUGUGGAUGAAGACUUUGACACUUCUGACAACGAGGAUGUUGUCAACAUAGACCAGGAAGAUGACACAUGUUCAGCAUCUUGUGGCACAAUGGGAUCAUUGAUGGGUUUUUGAUAAAAGAAUGACAUGAAAUCAUUAAUAUAUAUGUAUUAAAAAUUA